AUGCAGGGGGAACAAGGACUACCUCUUCCCUCCUCGCUGGAAGAGGUUGAGGCCUUGAUCCUGGCACUCUAUGAGCCGGGUCCUCCCGAGACAAUAUCACGGAUUCAAGAGGUGCUUCAUCGGGUGCAAAAGUCUCCCGAGGGCUGGCAACUGGCCCAAAGCUUACUGGUGAACUCGAACGACACGAUCAAGUUUUUUGGGGCUCUUACUAUCAUUGUGAAGCUAAACACCGAGAGCUCAACAUUGUCGGAAACUGAUGCAAAUGAACUACUGCAAAACUUGAUUGAAUGGUUUGUGAGGUCUCUACGUGAUGGGUCAGGUGCGCUGGUGACCAAAAAGCUGUGCUCUGCACUUGUCACCUGCUUCAUCCAGUUCCCCAAGAUAUGGCCCAGUUGUGUAGCCCAUCUAGUACACUGCUUGUAUACACAGCGCAGCGUGCCCGUAUCUGAGGCCAGAGACGACGAUACUGAUACCACGGUUGGUCUCUUGGACUUUGUCGCCCUGAGAGCGGCAUUAUGGUUUGCUGCUACGCUGGUGGAGGAGACGAGUAAGACGGACAUGAAUGCUGCAAAGUACUCGCAGGCCCACAACCAGCUCAUCACUGAAGGUCGUGAUGUUGCGUGUCUCAUCUCACGCGGAAUGGAUCCUGGUUUUGCAGGUGCAGAUUGCACGAGUAUCCAGGAAGAGGCUAUCAAAUGCCUACAGCCUUGGGUCAUGUAUAAUCAGCGCAUAUCAUCGUCGACCGAUGAGCUGACUAUACCAUUGCGGACUCUUCUGCCUCCCGUUAUACGAUGCCUGAUAAUUGACGAACUUUACGAAGCCAGUAUAGAGCUUCUCACUGAUACGCUCUCCAACUACUCUGCCUUUUUCACGAGCGAAGGAUUCGACAUGCUCAUUAAUCUGUUCGAGACGUCAUGGUCUGACAAUCGAUAUCAGCAAUUGAUCCGCGGAGAUUUUGAUUUUGAAUCUGUUCAGUUUGGCAUGCUGAUGAUAGCCUUUGCUGACGCCAAGGUUGUCGAACUUCAGAAGAGCACCGACCAUCGGUCGCAACGCUUCCUCGCCGGCCUGAAGGGACUGCUAGGUGCAGCUGGUUAUGCAGUAGGCGAGGACAAGAUCUUUGUACCUGCACUUGAAUUCUGGGCCACAUUCGUGGAAACGAUGGUCGAUACCAUGUUCAGCGAGGAAGCCAAAGAUUCAGAUGCUUGGGUUCAGCAUUCACUAGGCUUGGUGAUGCAGGUCGUGGGCUGCUGUUACAAAAAGAUACAGUUCCCGCCAGCAACUAUUUUCUCUGGAUGGGAUUCUUCAGAACGGGCUGGAUUUAUGGAGGCGCGCAAAGAUGUUGCUGACCUGCUUCAAACGGUCUGCACCAUACCAAAUGCAAGCCUCGUUUCGCUAUUCGUCGAUCUGCUGCUACAGGCCUUGUCAGCGCAGGCUUGGGCAGAGCUGGAGGCGGCAGCUUUCUGCCUCAGCGCCCUUUCUGACUGCAUCUCUGACGGCGGCGGGUAUGACGAGCUCCUCCACAAAGUCUUUUCAUCUGGACUUUUUGACCUGCUUGGCCAAAGCGAGAAGCUACCCGUUCGACUGCGCCAAACGGGAUUAUCGCUUAUUGAACGGUUCUCUGACUACUUUGAGCGCCACGGCGAGUUUCUUCCAGGAGCUCUCAACCUCCUGUUCGGUGCAGUGGGCGACUCGAUGCUCGCAGGUCCCUCGGCCAAGUCUAUCUGCACGCUCUGCUCGUCUUGUCGGUCACACUUGACUGGCGAGGCGGCUACAUUCAUUUCAUCCUACGAAAAUAUUCAUUCGUCAAGGUCCAUAGAUCCUGUCGCAGAAGAGAAGAUCGUUAUGGCGAUUGCCUCUGUCAUACAAGCGAUAUCGGACGAGGAAACAAGGCUGCAGGCUUUCCGUCAUCUGUACCGCAUCGUCCGGAUGGAUUUGGAUCGCUGCUUGCAGCUCAAGGCACAACCCGAGAGGUUUGAAAUGUCUGAUCCAUUGGUAGCGAGAUACUACGCCGAAGCUCAGUCUCAGUCGCAGGAGGUAGCAUCGGCAGAUAGAAUCGCUGGACAAAUCGCCGUCCAGAGCCUGAGGUAUAUCUUGAGCAUGGCUAAGGGUCUGCAAGCUGUUACUGAGGCGCCUGUAGACCUGGAUGGUUCGUCCAAGGCCGCAUCUUCAGUCAGCGAAUCACUGCCUCAUAUUCAGUCCGAGAUCAUGCAGAUGCUUGUCCAGCUACAGGCUGCGUUCCCAGAUAAUGGUGAACUUAUCGAGUCGAUCUGUCACGUCUUGCGCGCCGGCUUCUCCGAGACGGAGCCAGGACCGUUUGUCUUUCCUGCAAAUAUUAUCUCUCAAUACCUGACAAGUCAGAAUUGUUCAACCACCCCCAGGAUUGGCUACGUAGUCAGUACUGCUUGCGCUUUUACGAGCUCGCUUGCUAGUAGCUCACGUGAAGAAGCUGCUAAGCAACUGACAAAAAUACUACCAUGGGCUAUCGAUUUGCUUCAAUCCCUGCCAGAACCCGAAGCCGAUACAGAGCUUUCUCAGAACGUCAUUGAGCUGGUAAACAGAGUGGCCCAGCGACAACCUGGGGUGAUGAUGCAACUCCAACCAUCGUCCCUACUAGAGUUUUUCUUCAUCUUUGUGUUGAAGGUGCUAGAUGGUCGUGAGACGCUACCAAAGUCUGCCGCUGCUGAAUUCUGGACUACUUUUUUGACAAUCAGAACGACAGAUGAUUCUAUUCAACAAGCUGUCGGCUCUGUCAUGACACACCUUGGCCCUUCAUUGGCCAUGUCUUUGAUGCAUAACAUAGGCGGGAACGCAGCCCGCAGUGAGCUUGAUCGGCUCAGCGAGCCGCUGAAGAAGCUGGUAGCACAACACGUCAAUGCCAAGACAUGGCUUGAGGCUGCAUUGGCUGAUAUCUCAUUCCCGAGCUCCAAGGUGUCGCCAAAGGAAAAGACGCUGUUCCUGAAGAAGAUUCUCAGACUUGCGCUCAUGGGAGUGGUCAAGGCCAUUGCCCUGGGUAAGGAUAGAGCAGGGUAUGACCGGCAGACACAGAACACAAAGAUCUAA